UGCACAUGUAUUCACCCUAGAUCCAGGGAGAUACUUCGUUUGGAGCCGAGUUCACGUUUUCUGUCCAUGAGAAGGAGCUAAUCGUGGGUGAGAUCUUUGUACGGAUCUAUAAUGAACAACCAACAUUCCCUCUUGAGGCUCCACAGAAAUUCGUUCUAGAACUGGUCAACUACUUAGGCUCAGACGCACAGUAUUUGCAUUCGUUGAUGGCACUGACCGCCUCAGAGCUUGAUGCUAAAGCCAAUAAAGAACGACUUAGGCAGGCUGUCAUGGCGCUGGAGGCACUAAGGAAUGUCAUCAAGAACAACCCAGACAUUAUCACAAUCAGAGGGAGAAUCUGGACAUCCAAUGGAAACUUCCUGAUGACUUUACAGUGAAGUUCAAUGAAGCAGAAGGCGAGCUCACUAUUGGUGGUGUUUAUUUACGUCUCUUCAUACAACAACCUGCUUGGGUGUUACGUAAUCCUAAAGAAUUUUUACACGCUCUGCUGGAGAAAUUCGUAGAAACAGUCAACAAAACGAGUCCAGAUAGUCAGUACUUGGAGACUAUUACUCAAGCUGUUCUUUGUCUGUUUACCGCCCAGCCAACUUUGGCAGAUCAGAUUCCUGGUCUGGGUCACAUUCCCGCUAUAUUCAAGAGCAUGGGUUCAUCAAACAAUGGAGUACCUAAAUCAGCAGUACAAGUCAUCCAUGUUCUGUCUGAUAAUGAGAUAUGUGUGCGUAGCAUGGCCGCCACCAAUGAUGGUAUCAGUUACAUGAUCAAGGCCAUGGAAUCAAGACCCGAUGUCGCUAAUCUAGUAUGUGAAGCUUUGUACAAGAUGUUUGAGAAGAACCAUACCGAACUGGUAGCACAGGCUGUGAAGUUCGACUUGGUGAAAUAUCUACUCAAUUUACUGGACGGUAAACUAGAAGGAAGUGAGAACCCUGCUGCUACUAAAGCACAGAUAGUCAAGGCGUUGAAGGCCAUGACCAGAGACUUGACACAUGGCGAGGAGGUAAACAAGAUUCUCGAAGCGUCGUCAAUAUGGGCGUCAUACCGGGACCAGAAACACGACCUCUUCAUUUCAGACAGGCCCAUCGCGGGCUAUCUAACAGGGUCUAUGGGAGCCGCUGGUUACCUGACCAUGGGACCUAACAAUCCAUCUAAUAUCACCAGUAAACCACCCCCUGUAGAACACAAGACUACCAACGGCGCCACGUGACGUCACUUGGUUGCCAUAGAAACUAUGACUGGUAAAUCUAAGAGAUAGAGCCUCCUGAAGUCAAUGCAAGUACACACGAUAAAGAUUAGAAAAUAUGAAAUCAAAAUAAGUCACUUGGUUGCCAUAGAAAUCUAGUUGCCAUGGUGAUCGGUUGAAUUUGAUACAUAGAGAUAUGGACCUUUAUCACACGGCAGCUAUGUUUAUUCCCAUGAGAAUGAAAAACUUUGUCUUAUCACACGUAACCUCUUUCUGAAGCGCUUGAAUGCGAGGCUUCUUUCAACAUGGCUACCGCGAGAUAAAGGUCCAUUGUUUUGAAACCCAACAAUUUAUAAGUCAACUGUGGAAAAUGCUACGGUUAGACUAUCAAAUCAAAUUUUUAAGAGAUUUAACAAGCGAUUUGGUUAAUGAACUACUUCGACGAUACGGCGGCCAUUUUGCCAGGGGUCAAAACAAAACAAAGAUGACGGGAAAUAUAUAGAGUUUCGUGUUUUUGCCUUUCUUUUAUGGGUAAAGGUGAUCAAUGUGCCGUCUUAAUUCAUUUUUUGCAUUCUCUUGUGGUGAGAUGUUAAUAGCAAGCGCCGACGUUUUUACUGUAACAUAGCUUUAUUCCCCCCUGAACGUCCCACAACUUCUUGCGAUCCAAGAUGGCCGCCGUAUCAUUGAAGUAGUCCAUUCAACGAAAAGUAUUCCGUCACAGUUUUAAUCCGUUCGAAAUGAAAAUUUAAAAUGUAAAGAAAUUCCUAGAAUUACUCAAAAUCAUACAAAAUAAAAAAACUCCUAUUUCGAAAAAAAUACACUGAAGUGACGUAUUGGUGUUUCCGACUGAGAUAUUUAGAUCAAAGGUUUCUGGGCUAGCACUGGAACCUCCUUUGAAUAGUAAUGUAAACUUUUUAUCAAUCGUUUUGUUUUUGUUCCUAAAUUGCAAUUGACCGUUUUCUCAAGGUUGCGUACGCAUCCAAAUUAAAGGAACUUGACGGGCCACGAUACCAGAACACGAGUAUUAUCAUACAUCGCUAUGG